CGAGUAUGACCUUUAGUAAAAACGAUAAAAGUAGACAGUAGGUAUUAAUUUGACCAAAUGCGUUCGGGAAUGAAUAAGCUUAUGAAUAUAUUGUAAGCAGUUUAUUAAGUUUCGUUUUAAGUGGAAUAUUAAUAAAUCUAGCCCGCGGAUUGUGAACUUCAUCUAUAUGAAAGAACAUUAAUAUUUACGUUAUGAAUUCGGACAGUAAGUGAUCACCGAUGGUAGAAUAGUUUUGGUGGAAAGCGUUUUCUCCUCGUUCAUGUCCGUAGCGUGGCGGCCAAGUCCCGCGGUAGCGCAGGGUUCACGCCGGGCGCCUCGAUCACCACACUCGGACUUGACCAGAAAGAUAUUUACCCCACUUAAUCAACAUUUAUUUGGUACCCCGUGGGCUUCGCGUCUUCCGGACAUUUACUAACGGCCCCCAAGGAAGGUGGAACAGUGUCGGGGUCACGUCGCCAACGUGGUUACAACUAUUAUGUGCCUCCGUAGUCGUGUGUUUCAACGCAAGUGCCCAGCAGCUAACGUCUUAUUCAACUGUAGUUAGAAGUCGCGAGGAAAGCGAGUGAACUUUGACGAUGGGUCAACGACGAGUGACUGUAGACACUGAACUGCUGCCGACUUCUAGCGCGCUAGUAGUGAUGAAGAUGAUCAUCACAGGUUUCUUAUUUAUUUUACACACCCCAGAGACUGAUGCCGUAUGUUCGCCCCUUUAUGGGGGCGAGCCGUGCUUAUUCGUACCUGCCCCUCCGGGUAAAACACCAUCGUGUGCUAGACCAGGGUUAACGUAUUGCGAACAUUCUCCUCAUUAUCCAAAAGAAUUAAUAAAACAUCUAAUAACUCUUUGGAGAUAUGACAAAAGGACCCUUUUCUUAGAUGAAAGUCCUGAGGAGUUCAACUCCUACACACAUCCUUACCCCACCGAAAACUACAGUCAUAAGCCUCUUCCUGUUUACGGCCCUCCAAAUUUAUUAUCUCCGGAAAAUCAUCUUCCUGAACCAAUAUAUAUACCAAAACCUCCCUUUACCCACAAUUAUAAUCCUCUUAGUAAUCAGUAUAUUCCACCAAGUAGAAAUUUUUCGGAUUUUCUCGGGUAUCCAGAAAGAAGGCCGUACUCGAACCAAGAAGAAGUUUCAUCUAACCAACUUUUCAACUACAAACCUCUCUACAAGCAGCAGGAAGAAUACAACAGGCCUGGUUACUAUAACCCGUUCAAUAAUUAUCAGCAACAACAGCAAAACUUUCCUCAACCCCAGAAUAAUUACAAUUACUACAAUUCUAAAGAUUGGUGGCAAAGGCCAAUCCGAGACGUCAAAGGUCAUUUGAAAACACGAAGUAGAAGAUCCACUAAAGUUCGAAGACAUCGAAGGGAAUUAGCGACCUUGUUGACUGCAUCUAAUGUGACUCUUUCUUCGAUUCAUAAUCGAAGAAAAAGACAAAGCAAUCCAACAGGUCAAACAUUAUGUCAAGCGAGAACACAAUUUGUGAUGCCUGAGGCUGCUAUGAACUCCCAGGGCAACUGGAUGUAUGUUGUCAAUGUACAGGAAGGAAAUGCUAAGUUCACUCAGUUAGUAAGGAGUGAAACUUGUGUUUCUCAACAAUGUAGCGGUCUUUGCGGCUUGCCAACUGGUUAUACAUCGAGAUGUGAACAAAAAUAUAUACAAAAAAGACUAGUUGCUUUAGAGGGUACAGGAAAUAAUCUUUAUUCGGAUCUAUUUUGGCUUCCCAGUUGUUGUGUAUGCACACUAUCGCAAAGUUAAUAAAUAAUUUGACCAAAGCAAAAAUUAACUGCAUAAGUAAAAAGAAUGUGUACGUUGGCAGAGCACCCCAAAAAGUGUUCAUUUAUUACUCUAGAGGUUGAUUCUCUUUUUUUUUUUUAAUAUUACGUAAUUACUAAGUAUUUUUGUACUUAAAAAGAAAUAAAUAGCAAUUAGUGUAGCUAUACUACACUAACCCAAAGUCAAAAGCAUUUUUAUUUAAUUAAUUUGAUAAUACGAUAAUUAAAUAAAUUACUGUUACGCAACAAAUAAGCUGCAAACUUAACUUGGAAUUUUCAUUUGUCAGUAAAGAUGAAACUUUCUUUCAUCCGUAAUAAUGCUGACGUAAUAUUUGUAGGCCUCAGUUUAAUUCGAUUUUAGAUCAAUUUUUUGUAGAUCAUUCUUACUUUAUUUGUAAAAACAAAAGCGAGCAAGUAAGUUACAUAAUAUCAAAAUACCUACCU